AUGAGGACGACGUUAGCGACAUGGACCAAGCUGCUAUGCCUGGCUCUGUCAUUGACGGCUGUCACUGCCAAAAAGGACGCACCUGCAAUCGAGGAGACCGCCUUCAAGUCGCUGCCUGCCAACAUCUUCUACUUCGACGAUAGCGAUACCGUCCUCGUCACCGACAUCAAGCCUGGUAUUGUGUACCGCUCUACCGAUGCUGGUGUCAAAUGGAAGGCUGUCAAGGAUAUCAAGGAGGGCAUGAUCGGAACAGUCUAUCCUCAUCCAUACGACCCCAAGGCCGCUAUCGCUAUUGGACAAGACAAGACACACUGGAUCACAAAGGAUAGGGGUGAGUCUUGGACCGAGUUCAAGACUGAGUUCGAGGUUGCCGCUGGACGCCCCUUGAGCUUCCACGCAGACGACCCGGAUCGUAUCAUCAUCAGCACCCUCGACUGCCAUGGCUCUGUCUGGGGCGACUGCACACCAAAGGCUUACUACACCCUCAACAGCUUCAAGGAUAUUGAUCUUCUUCACGACAAGGCUAUCUCAUGUCUCUGGGCCAAAUCCACUGACCUCUUUACCACCGGCGACGAUAAGCUAGACAAAGAUCAGGUUCUCUGUGUUGUCGAAGGCAAAUACUCGAUCUGGCAGAAGGACAAUCGCCUGUUGAUGUCUAGCGACUUCUUCGACAAAUCCGAAGUCGAGCCUACCAUGUCUGAAGGUCGCACUGUUCCUGGUGUCGUCAACGUUGCCGCUGUCAAGGGUUACAUCGCUGUCGCCGCGAAAUCAGAGGGAACUACCGAGCUCGCCAUGUACGUGACCGACGACGCAAAGACAUGGCACCGCGCCGAGUUUGGCAACCACAAGCUCGAGGAAAACGCCUACACCUUGUUGGAAUCUACGAACUACAGCAUCCAGGUCGAUCUCAUGACUUCCAGUAUGGCUUCUCCAAUGGGCGCUCUAUUCACCAGCAACUCGAACGGUACCUACUUCACCAAGAACAUCGAGCACACGAACCGCAACAUGCAAGGCUACGUCGAUUUUGAAAAGAUACAAAACAUUCAGGGCAUCGUUCUUGUCAACGUUGUCGAUAACUGGGAAGAGAUGGAGAAGAAUUUCAUGGCCGAAAAGCAGAUCAAGUCCAAGAUCAGUUUCGAUGAUGGAAGAGUAUGGCAUGACAUGAAGGUCAAGAAUGACGACCUGCACCUCCACUCCGUCACCGACCAGCGCAACAUUGGACGCGUCUUUACCAGCCCUGCCCCUGGCAUUGUUAUGGGCGUUGGAAAUACCGGCAAAUAUCUUAAGAACUACGAAGAAGGCGACACUUUUGUCUCGGAUGAUGCCGGACUUACCUGGCGUUUCGCCUUGGAAGGCCCUCACCUUUAUGAGAUGGGCGAUCAGGGUGCAAUUCUCGUUGCAGUUGAAGAUACGGACACAAAGGAGAUCAAGUGGAGUAUUGAUCACGGAAAGAAAUGGGAAUCAGUCAAGCUGGAUGACAAGAUCAAACCAAUCGUCCUCCUGACUGUCCCAGAUUCCACCAGUCUCAAGUUCAUCCUCGUAGCCUCGAAGGGUAGUGGUUCCAAGCUGGAGUACUUCACUUAUUCCCUGGAUUUCAACGAGCUUCACGAGGACAAAUGCAAGGAUUCCGACUUCGAGAAAUGGGCUGCACGUGUCGAUGAAGACGGCAAAGCAAGCUGUCUGAUGGGCCACAAGCAGUUCUUCCGUAGACGCAAGGCCGACGCUGACUGUUUCGUGGACAGCGAGUUCAAAGACCCCCAGCCUGAAUUUGAGCGUUGCAAGUGCACUGAUGCCGACUACGAAUGUGAUUACAACUUCCAGAAGUCUGAGGAUGGCAAGGAGUGUGUACCUUCCGGAGUUCUCAAGGCUCCCGAGGGCGCCUGCAAGGAUGGUGAAGAAGAGUAUGAGGGCAGCUCCGGCUAUCGCUUGAUUCCAGGCAACACAUGCGACAAGAAGGAUGGUGUUAGGAAGGACAAGCCGGUCAAGCGACCUUGCAAGGACACUACCAAGCCACCAGCAUCUGGCAAGAUCUCUCACGAGGUCAACAAGUUCAAGGGCGCCAAAUUUGCUGAAUACUAUUACCUCGAAAGAGCCGCCUCUGCUUCCGGAAACGAUGAAACCAUCAUCAUGCGUACCGAUAGGCGCGAGGUAUUUAUCUCUCACGACGGUGGCAAAACAUGGGAUCAGGCGCUAGAAGACGAAGAAAUCGUCUCGAUCUAUCCUCACCAGUACAACCAGGAUACCGUCUACUUGAUCACUCCUUCUAAGAAGGUAUACUACUCAGAUAACCGCGGCAAGAACAUCCACCAUUUCACAGCUCCUGAGGAACCAAAUCAGGACAAUGUUCAGAUUCUGAGCUUCCAUCCGACUCAAAGAGACUGGCUGAUCUGGACUGGCGGCAAAGAUUGCAAGGGCUUUGGAACCGAUUGUCACUCGGUUGCUCACGUCUCCAAGAAGAACGGCGAGGACUGGACUACCUUACUCCGCUUCGUUCGCAAAUGCCAGUUUGUCGCUAGAGAAGACCGUGAAGGAAGUGACAGCAUGGUCUUCUGCGAGCAAUACGAGGAUGAAGACCCGUCCAAGCCUCUUCAGCUGAUUUCCAGUGAUGACUGGUAUGAGCACAAGAAGGUUCAUUUCGAAGAUGUCAUCAGCUUUGCUACCAUGAAUGAAUUCAUGGUUGUCGCUCUUAGAGACAAGGAAGGAAAGGAUUUGCGCGUGGACACGAGCAUUGACGGCAGAACUUUUGCCAACGCUCAAUUCCCUAAAAACUUCAAGGUCCCACACCAGCAGGCUUACACUGUUCUUGACAGCUCAACCCACGCUAUCUUCCUCCACGUUACCGUCAACAAUAGAGAGGGUCAGGAAUAUGGUUCGAUCAUCAAGUCAAACAGUAACGGCACCUCAUAUGUCAUGAGCAUUGAAAAGGUCAACCGUAACACCCCUGGAUAUGUCGACUUCGAGAAGAUGCAAGGACUUGAGGGUGUCGCUGUCGUAAACAUCGUUUCCAACGUUGAUGAAGUUGAUGGUGGCGCCUCCAAAAAGCUCAAGACUAUGAUCACUCACAACGAUGGUGCAGAGUGGGGCCUCAUCUCUCCUCCCCAGAAAGACUCCGACAACAAGCCCAUCGACUGCAAUGGUGAUUUGGAGAAAUGUUCUCUUCAUCUUCAUGGUUACACUGAGCGCAAGGAUCCCCGCGACACAUACUCUUCGCCAUCAGCCGUUGGUUUGAUGAUGGCUGUAGGUAACGUCGGACCCAACCUCGGCCCAUACAAGGAGGGCAACACUUUCAUCACUCGUGAUGGUGGUGUUGAAUGGCACGAGGUCUUCAAGGGAACCUACAUGUGGGAGUAUGGUGAUCAGGGAUCCAUCAUUGUCAUUGUGCAAGAAGGAACACCUGUUGACACCGUCUACUACACUACCGAUGAAGGCAAGAAGUGGACCGCAUAUCAGUUCAGUGAUACCAAGGUCCUUGUCGACGAUAUUUCAACUGUACCUUCGGACAACUCUCGCAACUUCAUUCUCUGGGGCAAAGACGGAGGCUCCUCGGGUGGUCUUGUUACUGUCAAUCUCGACUUCUCCGGACUUACAGAUCGCCAAUGCAAUCUGAACGAGGAUAACCCAAAUGCAGAAAACAGCGACUACUACCUCUGGGAGCCCAAGCACCCUCUUUCUGAUUCUGAGUGUCUCUUCGGCCACAUUGCCCAAUACCACCGCAAACGCCCCGACAAGGAAUGUUACAAUGGCCCUGCAAUCGAACGCCUCCACGGCAUUUCAGAAAAUUGUACUUGCACCCGUCAAGACUUUGAGUGUGAUUACAACUAUGAACGUCAAAAUGAUGGUUCUUGUGCUCUUGUCCCCGGUCUUGAACCCAUCAAUCCUCUUGAAUACUGCGCCGCAAACCCUGAUCUUGAUGAGUACUAUGCACCUUCUGGAUACCGUCGUAUCCCUCUCACUACAUGUGCUGGUGGUAAGGAAUUUGACAAGAUCUCUGAACCUUAUCCAUGCCCGAACCACGAAAAGCAGUUUGAGAAGAAACAUGGCAUCAGUGGGGCUGGUCUCUUCUUCGCCAUUUUCAUUCCCAUUGCUGCAGCUGCAGGUGUUGGAUACUGGGUCUACCGCAACUAUGAUGGCCAAUUUGGUCGCAUUCAGCUCGGUGACACUGGCAUGAUGGGCAAUGGCAAUGGAGCAUUUGACUCUGAACAACCCUGGAUCAAGUAUCCUGUUGCUGCUCUGUCCGCUGUUGUCGCUGUCCUUGCUGCUGUUCCAAUGGUUGUUGGUGGUCUGUUCCGCAUGGUUAGCCAGCGAUUCGGACGUGGUGGCUCUGGCGGAUACUCAAGACCCUACACCAGUCGUAGCAGCUUCUCAAGAGGUAGAGGCGAUUACUCACAUGUGGAUGCUGACGAGGGCGAGCUGCUUGGUGAUGAAAGUGAUGAAGAGGUGUAG